CCCUCACCGCGUGAACAGCUACAUCUCUUGCCUAAAAACGUGGCAACUAGCAACUAAUAAAAAUAUAUUCAUACUUAAUUGCUCUAAUAUUAUUAUUAGUAGUAGUUAGUACUUAGUACCAACUUAAAUAAAACUUUAAUUUAUAUGCUUUCUUCAUAUAUAUACAUGCUCUGAUGUUAGCUAAGAUAAUUAUUAAUUAAUGAGUUACCUUUUAUAUUUACUAUUUGGAUAGCUGUUUUAAAAAAUUGUGUGAAAUUGACCAUUUUGGCCAAAUAGUUUUUUUGUUAUUGAUUUUGGGAGAUUGUCAUGCAUGUGUGUAUUUCAUGGUAAUAAACAAUUUUCAUCAAUAGUUAAUUAGCUAUAAAUCAAGAAUGGAGAGUUAUGUUAGAUUUGUAGCUAUACAAGUUUCAAGCUAGUUGCAAUUAGGAAUGGUAUCUCCUUCAUAAAAAAAUGAUAGACCUAUUGGGAAGGAAGUCUCAACUACCACAAAAGAAGAAGAAACUCAAAGAAGAAGAAGAACAUGGCCAAUACCUUCAAGGAAAUAACAACAGCAGCAAAGUCAUCUUUCUAUUUCUUGAUUUUUAGCUUCCAAUAUAUUCUCUCUUCUCAAGUCUCAUCUUCAAAUAAUCAUUCACUCACAAAUCUCAAUAAUGGAAACUCCAAAUAGGUGUAAAUUUACAGUGAUCUUCUCCGUCAUUAUCUCCCUCACACUUGCCUUAGUUUCAUGCUUAUUAUGUAUAGCCUCUGAGAUUAAGAGGAACAAGAAGGAGGAUCUUAGAUUCAAUGGUAAACAAUGUUACUUACCAUCAAGCCAAGCAUUUGGAUUGGGGAUUGCAGCUUUGGUUUGUUUAAGUUUGGCUCAGAUCAUUGGCAACUGUGUAUUGUUCAAGAAUUAUUGUUCAGGAGGGAAAAGAAACUCACAUUAUAAGAUAACACUCAUUGCAAUGGUUCUGCUUUUGAUCUCUUGGCUUAGCUUUGGGAUUGCAAUGAUCUUAUUGAUAACUGCCACAAGCAUGAGUAAGAGGCAGCCUUAUAGGAUAGGUUGGUUGAAUGGUGAAUGCUACCUAGUCAAAAGGGGUGUUUAUGCCGGCUCAACCAUAUUGAUCCUAGUAACCGUAGGUUCGGUAAUUGGUUCGGUUUUGUUAACAAUAAAGGCCAAUCAAACAGAACAAGAUCGCAAAAUACAUGCACAAACAGGGUGAGGAAGAAUUGAUCAUCCAAUUAUUAUACUUAGAAAGAUGCGUUACAAGUUGCUGAGGUAAAAAUCCAAGUUUACAUUCCAAAGACAUGCUUCCAAAGAAAUACUAAUAUUAUAAUAAUAAGUUGUUAUUCAUUAAAAAGGGUUGCCACAUCCAAUUAAGAUGAGUUAACAUGCUUGUACAAUGUCCUAAGGAAUAACUUUAUUUUUCUUCUUCUUACACUAAAGAGAAACUUAAUAUGUACACAUUCUCUGAGGUGGCCAUUGCCUCGUGUAGGAACCCAUUUAGGAUACCAUCUGCAUAGAUAGAUAAUUGGUUUGUAUAUCUUAUGUAUUUAUAUUCACCUGCUUAGUUGCAUUCAUUAUUGUUUUGUUUAAUAAAAUUGUACUUUACAAAUAACCAGAGAUGAAAGGAUGAUAUUUAUUAUCACAAAAAGGAAUUGAUUCCCGUAACCAGUCAGAUGCCUAGUCCCCCCAAAGAUGCAUAAAGUGCAGCAGCUAAAAUUUAAGUAUAAAAAUACGCAAACAAACACGCAUGGUAUAAUAAUAGUAACUGAGCAUUGUCAUAUGAAUUGCAAGUACAAAUAUCCACAAGCCGAGUUCAAUAUUUUGUAAUUGAUUAAAUUAAAUGAA